AUGAGAAAAGGAAAAGAUAAGAACGAUCCUAUGUCUACAAGAAUCGAAAAGAAAAUCAUUUUGGAUAUGUUAAAAGAAAAUGAUUGCCAAACCAUAGAAGAGUUGAAAAAUUUAGUUCUUUUCUUAAAUAAUGAAAAUAAAAGAUUACAUACUAUGAAUAUGGAUUCUUUAAAAAAAAUAAAUAUACUUAGUGUAAGGGUUAAGAGUCUGGAAAAAAUAUCCAAGGAAUAUGAUCAAUUUUAUGCAAGCAAAAAGAAAUAUAAAAAUAAAUUAAAGGAAUUGGAAAGGAAAAGUAUCACUCUUAAAAAUUAUACAAUAGAUAAAGAAAAUGAAUACAAUAAAAUGUGUGAAGAACAUGAUAAAUAUUUUAAGAACUUGUUUAAAAACUUAAAUAGAAAAAUUGAAUAUAUCUUUGCAUGUGAUAAAGAAAAUAUUUAUGAUGAUUCAGAUAGCAAUUCUAUAUAUACGAAUAGUAAUCAAAAUGAGGAUAAUAUAUCUUACAACAAUAAUAAUAUAAAGAAUGACAACAUUUCUUCAUAUUCACUAUCUAAAAAUAGUAAUAAUACAAAGAAUAGUUCAUUCAAUGAAACGAAAAAUAUAUAUGAUGAUAAAAUCAAAUAUGAUGAUAAAAAUGUAUAUGAUGAUAAAAAUGUAUAUGAUGAUAAAAAUGUAUAUGAUGAUAAAAAUGUAUAUGAUGAUAAAAAUAUAAAUGAUGAUAAAUAUUUAUAUGAUGAUAAAAAUAUAUAUGAUGAUAAAUAUUUAUAUGAUGAUAAAAAUAUAAAUCAUGAUAAAAAUAUAAAUCAUGAUAAAUAUUCAUAUGAUGGUAAUAAUAUAUACGAAGAAAAUAAUAAUAAUAUUAAUACCAAUGGACAUCAAAUGAAAAGUCCAACUUAUCACAUGAAAAAUUCAAUGCAAAAUAUUACAAUAUAUACUUCUAUAAGCAAAAAUGACAUCUCAAAGGAGAUAAAUAAAAUAAAUGAAAAAAAUACUGCUCAUAUAAAUACUUCACAUAUAUAUCAAAUAAAAAAUGAUGAAAAAAAUAAUAAUAGUGAUAUAUAUAAUAAUGUCGAACACAUAAAAAGCUUAUGUGAGUCUUAUAAAAAUUAUGAUAAUGAUCAUUUAUUAUAUUAUAAAAAACAUAGUCAUUCAAAAGAAGACAUUCAUAAUUAUCCUAUAUUUAAUAAUGCUAAAACGUCACAACUAGAAAAUAGUAAUAAUGAUUUCUUAAACAUAAUGAAUAAUAAUAUAAAAAAAAAAAAUAGCAUAAGUGAAAUGGAAUCAAGUAAAAAAAAAAAAAAAUCAAAUUUGCUUAUUACAAAUGACAUAGAAGACAAGUUAUCAAAUAUUCAAAUAAAUCAUACAAAUAAGAUAAAUGAAAAUAAUACCAUACAAUAUGGACAAAAAACAAAAGGAAAUAAAAUAGGAAAUCAUAAAACCAACAUAAAAGAAAAAUUAAAUGACUUAAUUGAAAAUAUACACCUCAAAAAUAAUAAAAGGGAAAAUAUGAAUAAUAUGGAUGACAUGAAUGAUAUGGAUAAUAUGAAUGAUAUGGACAAUAUGAAUAAUACGGACAAUACGGAUAAUAGAAACAAUAUGAAUAAUAAGAACAAUACGGAUAAUAGAGACAAUAUGAAUAAUAGGGACAAUACGGAUAAUAGAGACAAUGUGAAUAAUAAGGACAAUAUAAACAAUUUAAACUGUACUGAUAAUAUGAAACAUGACAAACUACAAAAGGAUCAUUUGGAAACACCUCCUAUUCAUAAAUCACAUAUUACAAGAAAAUCAAAAAAUAAUAUUAUGGAUAUAUUAAACAAUAAAAUGAAUAUUACUUCUUUAGAAAAUGUAGAUACUAGCACACCAAAAUAUGUUAAAUAUAAUACUAUUCAUAGAGAAAUUAUGAAUCCUCGCCAGCAUUUUUUUAAUCAAAAUAAAUCUUCCAUCGACCACAUUAUUUGUUUAUAA